AUUCUUAAAUAUAAAUUGCAAGAAUUUACGCAAAAAUAAUUUAGUAUAUUGCAAACAUUUGUUGAAAGCAGAAUAAACAGGCAAAUACGAGGAUACAAUGAAUUUAAAAACACUUUUUGUAUUUUGGGCCUGCACACUUGUGAACAUUGAAGCUCUGAACAACUCCACAAAUUUCAUGAGAAAUUAUUUAAAUUACAAUGUCUCGGUUUUGCGCACAGAAAAUUAUCUCGAUUUAAAUCGCCGCCAAUAUGCCGAUCACAUCUUGGCUUUUGAAAAAGAAAUAGAUGUUUUUAGGAAACAAUUUUCGGAGCGGCUUAGUUCUAUUCAGUUGGUAUUGGAUAUGUUGGUGACGGAUAUUAUCAAAACGAACGAACACUUGAAUCCGCUGGAGGUUUUAAGUGAUAUCAGUAAAGAUUGUGUGGCCAAAUAUCGUUCGAAAGUACCAACAGUGGCGGCAACCAAAACCGCGGUGCAAGCAUGUAUAACAGCCGCCCAGAAUCAAUUGAAUAAUAUAGUGAGCGCAGCAACGACAACAAAAACAAAUCUAUAUAAUUAUUAUCAAAAUAAUAUGGAGAAAGAUUUUAAGGGAUGUACAACGAAACAUCCGGCACAGGAUAACAGUUAUACGGAAUGUAUUGCCAAAGUGAUUUCCGCUGUGACCGCCUACACCCGAGUGAUGUUGAAACAAUUCCACAAUCAAAUGGACACAGCUCACUGCUCAGCGAAUUCGAAUAUUAAAACUGCAUUGGAUUGCAGUUACACGGUUCAAAAUCGCACCAUAACCAUGAAUGCUGAGGCAAAUCUAAUGAUCAACCGGUGUAUUCAUGGCCUGGACGAUUGUGAGCGUUGCAGUCAGGGACGAUUCUGUGAGAAUGUUUACUAUCUACCCCAGUAUCAAGUGGACUAUCAUAAUUCGACAAUGUUGAAUCCAUUCUAUGGCCGUAAUUCGACGACACAUUGUUUGUUGAUUGAUGUUUAUUUGAGAACUUUAUUUGAAAACAUAUCACUUCGAUUUGGAAACAUUUGGGAGAAAGGUAAACGGCACAUAGCAAAAAACAUGGCCCAAAUAAAAAUGUUGAUAUUUCUUGCAAUAGUUUUUAUUGCCAAUGUUCAAAGGUCUUCUGCUGUAAACCACUAUGCCGCCCGCAAUAGUUCGGUAAUACGCAACGAUGAGUACAUCGAAAUUGUCCGACAUCAAAAUAAUUUCCACCUUUGGUAUAAUACUUUGCGAAUCAACACCUUCUCUGACACUUACAAAGCCCGCAUCAACGACAUUGAAUUUCACAAACAGUCCCUCUUAAAUGUCGUCGAGCGGGCCAAUGAAAAAUUGGAUCCAUGGAUUGUCUUGAAUGAUGUCAGCAAAGAUUGUGUCGAAAAGUAUAACAAGCUGAUACCUUCAUUGGCCGCAGCCAGUAGUGAAAUGGAAAAGUGUAUGGUGAAUGGAUUAGCCUGGACGAAUAACCUAAUUCAGACUAUGGUGGCGACCAAUCGCUCACUGGACACCUAUUACACGGGAACCUUUGAGAAAGGCGUAACUAACUGUCGCACCAAAUUCAAUUCCUCAUUCCCGGAAAAUUACACCCGUUGUUUGGCCGAUGUGGUAAGCGCAUCAAAUAUCUACACCGCCAGCAGCCAAGACACUUUUUCAAAUCAACUACAGACUGCCUUGGGUUCAGCCGAAUACUAUAUUAAAAUAGCCCAUGAAUGUAGUUUUAGGGUUGCAAAUACCAGCGUUUCUAAUAUCCAGCGGGCCAACGAUCUCAUCGACCAUUGCCUCAAUGGUUGGGAUGAAAAUUCGAAAUGUAUUGCCAAGGGCUUCUACUGCGAACAGGUGCAACGUAUGCCAUAUUAUUUGAUCGAUCGUUCUAACACCACCAUGCCCAAUCCAUUCUAUGGACAAAAAGUGACCGGUAAUUGUCUGAUGUUGGAUAUUGUCGAUGAAAAUUAAUAGGGAUUUUAUUUAAUAAAUAUUGAAAUAAAUUGAAAGCACAUAAAUUAA